AUGACCAGAAUUUGGAUUUUUAUAGUAUUUUUGAUGAUUGGUGAGUUUUUUAGGCUUUAGGCCUGAAGUUUGGGCCUAACUCUGAAAAUUUAUCUCAAAUUCAGGCCCGUUUUCAGGCUCAUCUAUUUCAAUCCCAAAUCUGAGCACAAUUCUGAUGAGCCCACGCCAAAAUGCUCCAAGUUUGCCGCAAAAUUGCUCCGAGCCUAGAAAAUGUGUGUGGCCUGGGAAGAAAAUCGAUUUUUUGGCGACCACUGAAGCUUCCGAAGAAGUUAGAACAACUCAAAUCACAUUGCCACGUGGAUUUACAGCCAGGAGGAAUUUGAGCACUUCUACAUCAGCUCCUCAAAAAAUCAAGUUAGAGGAACUUCUGGCAUCCUCAUCUACAAUUGACACACUUCCAAGAAUCGCCACGGCUGAACCGAGUCAAUUGACGACUUCGAUGACGAAAACUGUUAUACAGGGUGGGGUUUUGGGCUGAAAAUGCUGGAAAUUCGAGAUUUUCAGCGAAAAAUUCAGAAAAAUUUAGCUGAAACUGAAUUUUCGCUGAAAAUUUGAGAUUUUCAGCUAAAAAUUGAAAUUUUGGGCUGAAAACGCAGAAAAUUUGAGAUUUUCAGCGAAAAAUUCAGAAAAAUUGAGCUGAAACUGAAUUUUCUAUGAAAAUUUGAGAUUUUCAGCUAAAAAUUGAAAUUUUGGGCUGAAAACGCAGAAAAUUUGAGAUUUUCAGCGAAAAAUUCAGAAAAAUUGAGCUGAAACUGAAUUUUCGCUGAAAAUUUGAGAUUUUGAGCUGAAAAUGCUGGAAAUUUGAGAUUUUCAGCGAAAAAUUCAGAAAAAUUGAGCUGAAACUGAAUUUUCCCUGAAAAUUUGAGAUUUUGGGCUGAAAAUGUUGGAAAUUUGAGAUUUUCAGCGAAAAAUUGAGCUUAAACUGAAUUUUAGCUGAAACUUUGAAAUUUUCAGCGAGAAAUUCAGAAAAAUUGAGCUGAAACUGAAAAUUUCGUUCUUUGGGCUGAAAAUGCUGAAAAUUUCAAAUUUUCAGCGAAAAAUUCAGAAAAAUUGAGCUGAAACUGAAUUUUUCCUGAAAAUUUGAGAUUUUCAGCUAAAAAUUGAGCUGAAACUGAAUUUUAGCUGAAAAUUUUGGUUUCUGAAGCUGAAAUUGUUGAAAAUUUGAGAUUUUCAGCGAAAAAAUCAGAAAAAUUGAGCUGAAAAUUUCGGUUUUUGGAGCUAAAAUGCUGGAAAUUUGAGAUUUUCAGCUAAAAAUUGAGCUGAAACUGAAUUUUCGCUGAAAAUUUUGGUUUCUGAAGCUGAAAUUGUUGAAAAUUUGAGAUUUUCAGCGAAAAAAUCAGAAAAAUUGAGCUGAAAAUGAAUUUUCAUUGAAAAUUUCGAUUUUAGGAGCUGAAAAUUCUGGAAAUUGGAAAUUCUACAAACAAUUCUGCGUCUCUAACUCUCUAUAGGACUCUAGUUGUCUGAUUCUAACCUUUCAUGUUGAGUUUCUCUGCGUCUCUAACCUUCUCGAGCGAAGCGAGUGUAAACCGCAAGCUUCCGCAAAGCGGCAAGUUCCUCUGCGUCUCUAGCUGUCUGACCUCUCUGCAUCUCUAACCAACCCGUGCUCUCAACUCGAGCGAAGCGAGUGUAGACCAGCUAGUUCCUCUGCCUCUCUAACCUUCUGAUAUCAUAGACGGUUAGAGACGCAGAGUGGGCAAACAUCUAGAGACACACUCUAGCUGUCUGCCCACUCUGCGUCUCUAACCUCCCCCCUCUUCCAGGUCAAUGUUUCGACGAAUACAUCUACUGCCGCGAAUUCAUUUCUCUCUGCUCUCACCCCUCCUUCUCUGACGUCAUGGCCACCCAUUGUUCUCUAACCUGUCAACGAUGCGACGACAUCGAAACCGCCGCCGAACUCGGCUCCGACGAUUGCCACGAUUCCACAGAUCAUUGCUCAGCUUACACAGAUCUAUGCCACGUGUCGACUUAUGCGCCUUUAAUGCGCAAACAUUGCUCCAAAUCGUGCGGAUACUGUAUUUCCACGUGUCGUGAUCGACAUUUGAAGUAGGUCAAAUUCUGAAAUUUGAAUUUCCCGCCAAAUUUGAAUUUUUCGCAGCUGCCCACAAUUCAAAUCCGACGGUUUUUGCCACGACGAAAUGUACACGGAUGCGGAGAUCAAAUUUUUGUGCGGUGACACGUGUCAAAUGUGCUGA